AUGGUUAUUAAUGUUAUGAAUUAUUUAACAUUAAUUUUGUUGGUAUUAGCACUGUGUGCAUCAUUUCCAACAAAUACACAAGCAACAAAUUCCCUUUCCGAAAAAUUCAGUAAAUGUGAAAAAGAAUUUUGGUUUAAAAAUCUUUCACAUUAUAAACAAUCACUUAAAUCUAAAUGUUUAAAGGAGAAGAAACAUCAUCAAAAUGAAAAGAGACAUCGUCAAAAACAUACUUGUCAUAAUAAUAAAUCUCUUGAUAAGAAGAUCAUUCUUAAAAAAUGGAAAGAAUUUUCUAAUUGUCGAUGUGAAUCAGCUAUACAAGAAUUGAAGGAUACUAAAGAAACAAAAGUUUUAACUUGUUAUCAAAUUGCUAAAUUUAAUAAAGUUAGUGGAAAAUUUAUUGGUCAAUUAACAGUUUUUAAGAAGAAAUCAGAUAAACAUGAUUAUGAUGUAGCUGUUGAAUUUUCUAAUGUUAAAUUAUUGAAUAAUAAGGAAGGUUAUUAUCGUUCAAAAAAGAGUAAUCAAAUUUGUAAAGAUCAAUAUACUAUUGAAACUUAUUUUAUUAAGGGUGAAAUUUCAAAGAAAGAAUCUAUGAAUAAGAUUUCUUUAAAUAGAAUUUCUCCAUCAAGUAUCAAGAUAAUUGAUAAAGAUAAUGAAAAAACUAUAACUUUACCAAAUGGUGUUCAAGUUUCAAUUCCUUUCCCAAAAUUCGGUCUUAAUGAUGAUAAAGAUAAUAACAUUGAAAAACCCCCAGAAAAAAAUCCUAAGGACUCUAAAGACCCUAAAAAAUCACCCGAGGCACCACCUGUUGAUCCUGCUGGACCACCACCACCCACUAAACCAUCUGACAAUAAACCAGAAAAACCACCAGCAUCUCCCGGUGAUAAUACCAAUACUCCUGGUUAUAAUACUCCUGGUUAUAAUACUCCUGGUGAUAGCACCAAUACUCCUGAUGAUAGUACCAAUACUCCUGAUGAUACCGAUACUUCAAGUGGUAAUACCAAAAAUCAAAAUUCAACCCCAGCAGACGAUGAUUCAAGCGUAAACACAAUAGCUGGUCCAACCACCAAAUCCGUUACCAGUUCAAACCAAGAAGCAAGUGUCAAUCCACAAG